UUUUUUUUUUCCUUCUUCCUCCCCCCCCCCCCCCCAGAAAACCUUCUUCUCUCAGUUGAGUUUCCCUGUAUAUGAAGUGGUCACUGUUCGAAAUAAGUUUUUUGAUUGAGGCAUGAUGUAAAAAAGAAGAAGAUUUGCAAAGGGUUUCUUGGGUUUUGAAUCUUUCCAUUAAUUAUCUUCUGGGCUUGUUUUCGGGUUUGGUCUGGCUUUGUUUCUUGUUUGAUGGGUAAAGAGGGAGAGGAAGUGUUGAAGAAGAAAGAAGAGAAAGAUGAAGGUCAUGUUCACGGAGGAGAUAAGUUGGUGUACAACAAGAGUGCAGGGAGAGUUGUGCAAGUUUUUGGUACAGUUUUAGAGGAGGAAAUUUGUGUUUGUACGAAUAAAAUCCUUCAAAACAAACAUUGCCAAUCCUUGUAUUGCUCUUAACUAGCAAACCAGUUGAAAUUUAAGCAGAGAAAAAACAAGAAACAAACAAAAUCAAGAUCAAGUUUAAAGAGUCAAUUUCUUCAAGUUCAAAUUUUUCAAGAGAACCAAUGAAGAGAUCUCUUGGAAGCUCAGAUUCCUUGGGUGCCUUGAUGUCUAUCUGCCCAAACACAGACGAACACAGUCCAAGAAACACUCAUGUUUACGGCAGAGAAUUUCAGUCGAUGCUAGAAGGUUUAGACGAAGAAGGCUGCUUGGAAGAAUCCGGCCAUGUCGGAGAGAAGAAACGCCGGCUAAGCGUCGACCAAGUUAAGGCCUUGGAGAAAAACUUCGAGGUGGAAAACAAGCUCGAACCGGAGAGAAAGGUGAAGCUAGCUCAAGAACUUGGGUUGCAGCCCAGACAAGUAGCCGUCUGGUUUCAGAACCGCCGCGCACGGUGGAAGACUAAACAGUUGGAGAGGGAUUAUGGUGUUCUUAAAGCCAACUACGAAGCUUUAAAGCUCAACUAUGACGCUCUUCAACGCGACAACGAAGCUCUUAUGAAAGAGGUAAGAGGACUGAAGGAGAAGCUCAAUGAAGAAAAAACAGAGAGUAAUCUUUCAGUGAUCAAAGAAGAAAUAAUCUUGCCGGAGACUGAUAAUAACAAAACCCUCGAACCACCUCCACCUUCUUUUUCUCCUCCUUCGCCGCCGGCGUCGCCGCUUCUGCCGUCGGCUCCUCUCGCCACGACGUCAGAUGCCACGGAGCUCAACGGAGUUUCCGCCGCCUCGCUUUUUCCCACGGCAGACUUCGGCUCAUCCGAUAGCGACUCCAGCGCGAUACUCAACGAAGAAAACAACAACAACAACAACAACAACAACAACAACAGCCCGAACGUCGCGAUUUCCUUAUCGGCCGCCGGCGAAUUUCACCAUGGGCUCUUCAUCUCCAACUCCUCUUCCUCGCCAAGCUGCUUCCCUUUUUCCUCCAGAAGCACUUACAACCAUACCCAGUUCGUUAAAAUGGAGGAGCACAACUUCUUCACCGGAGAAGAAGCCUGCAACUUCUUCUCCGACGAGCAAGCGCCGACCCUACAGUGGUACUGCGCUGAACAGUGGAACUGAAACCCGAGAUGUCUAACACAGCCUUAUCUUCAUAAAUAUAUGCAGAACGGUAUAGGAACGAGCCGGAGACGAUGGGAUAAUGGGUAUCUGAAAACAGAGAAUGAAAGCACUCCGAGAAGUCUGUAAAAUUGGGAUCUGUGAAGUAUUUUUUGGGAUCGCCAUGGAUAAAUCACUGUGACCCUGCGAGAGUUGGAUACUCUGAAAGAAGAAGAAGAAGAACCAAAGAGAGAGAGAGAGAGAGAGAGAAUUCACAUGGGUGGAAAGUGACGCAGUUGGGAUUUCACUGAAGCGUGGGGAAAUGAUUAGAUCGUAAUUGGUAAUCUGCUGUAAAAAAAAAAAAGGAGGAGAAAAAAGAAGCAAGCACAAAAAUUCCAUGGGAGAGAAAAAAGAAAGGUUAAUGUAAUGGAGCAAUAAUCAUAAUCAUUUAAUUAGCUUUUUUCC